GUGUUCGACAAAGCAUCGUCUGCAUCUUCUUCAGCCGCAGCCGCAGAGAUUGGGCCAUCACAGCCGAAGAAGGCGAAGACCAGUGGAAGCGGCGACGAAGUUAUCCCCACAGGAUACCUCAGGGUGUCCGAUGACUUCCAGCUCGUCGACAUGUUGGGCCUCGACUGGGACACGAUCGCACAACGCCCAUCCGAUGAUGAGGCCGACUGGGUGAUCCUGUCCCCUGAGGAUCUCCCCAAUUUUUCCACUGUGCCAAUUCCGCGUGGGACUCGGAAUUAUGUGACCGGGGUCGUUAGAGGCAAAAUCUGCGACGACAUGCACGACUCGGAGCUUUGGUGUCGGACCCGUGAUGUUCUCGAUCGU